AAACUUCCAGCCCAAACAUAAGGGCCAAAACUACAUUUUGUCAUCCCUACGUCGCAUCGAAAUCCCGGCCAUGCUGUCAGGAAUAAAAAAUACACUUCCGGUGACGUGGCUCCUCUGGAAAACGGGAAGCCGUGGCAGGAAUGUUAGCUGUGGCUAACAAGUAGUUAUCUGCAGCUGCGGAAUCAGCUGGAGAGUGGAACAGCAGCGCUAGCCUGCCUCACGGAGCUGGAUGGCAGGGACACACUGGUGCAAGAACUUCAGGAAUCACAACAGGGUAAAAUAUAUUCAUAUCGUUUUUCUAGGUCACGUUACCUAUGUACUUUUUCUUCUAAUUUGACUGCGUGAUUUUAGCAAUCCUAACUAGCUGACUUCAACUUCCAAGGCUUGAAAUGCUAGGUCUUGGUUAGCUAAGCGUGCUAGCUGAGUUUGUUUAUAGACAGCCCUUCAUGCGUCACGACCAGAACUUUCCAAGUAACAGUGCGAAUUAGAUUAUAGGCUACUGUAGGCUAUUGUUUUUUGGCAACCAGUUACUAUAAGUAAAAACAAAAGUCACCUAACUAGCUAAAUAAAUCCCUGCAAUGUAUAUCCAACAUAGUAGAUACAGCUGUUGCUACAGUGAGUGAGAUUUGUUACAUUGUAACUAACGUUAGAUGGGCUACAAAUUGUUACAAAUCAUUAAAAUGUUACAAUGUUUGGGCCUUUUCGGAACGUGUGCAACAUUAGCUUGUGCUAUGUCGUCUCAACUUUUACUGCGAGAGCUGUUUGGCAUCACACAACAGGAUAUCAUCAGCACCCUAUAUCUAUCGUUGAAGUAAACAUGCAUUUAACUUGUUCCUGCAAGCCAUGUUUGCGAAUUCUUCACAACACCUAACUUUUAUGUGUUGUUUUUCUCCCAUAUAUUUGAGAUUUUCCUCCGCCGUGAACAGCGCUCUAAUGGACACAUUCAAAAUGCGGCGCUGACGUGUAGAUGGGGUACCGCAGGCCAGGGGGCUCCGGAACAUUAUCAUACAUACAGCCAUAUGAAGUUAAUAUACUAAUAUUUUUCUGAAUUAAACGUGACCCAUAGGUAUUUUGUUUAGUUCAAGUCAAGAUGCUGUGCAAUAGGUCCCCUGAGACACGUUUUCUUAGACAUUAACAGACAUUUUCAAAUCAACCUACUACUGUGACCUGUACGCUCUUGUUGGCUGGUCCUCACUACAUAUUCGUCGCCAAACCCACUGGCUCCAGGCCAUCUAUAAAUCACUGCUAGGCAAAUCCCCGCCUUAUCUUAGCUCAUUGGUCACCAUAGCAACACCCACCCGUAGUCUGCGCUCCAGCGGGUAUAUCUCACUGGUCAUCCCCAAAGCCAACACCUCCUUUGGCCGCAAUUCCUUCCAGUUCUCUGCUGCCAAUGACUGGAACAAAUUGCAAAAAUCUCUGAAGCUGGAGACACUUAUCUCCCUCACUAACUUUAAGCAUCAGUUGUCAGAGCACCUUACCGAUCACUGCACCUGUACACAGCCCAUCUGAAAUUAGCCCGCCCAACUACCUCAUCCCUAUAUUGUUAUUUAUUUUGCUCAUUUGUACCCCAGUACCUCUAUUUGCACAGCAUCUCUUGCACAUCUAUCAUUCCAGUGUCAAUACUAAUUGUAAUUAUUUUGCACUAUAGCCUAUUUUAUUGCCUUACCUCCAUAACUUGCUAAAUUUGCACACACUGUAUAUAUAUGUAUUUCUGUAGUAUUUUUUUUAUUUAUUUUUUAUUAUUAUUAUUAUUAUUUUAUUUUUUUUACUUUGUUUUGUUUUACCCCAUAUGUAACUCUGUAUUGUUGUUUUUAUCGCACUGCUUUGCUUUAUCUUGGCCAGGUCGCAGUUGUAAAUGAGAACUUGUUCUCAACUGGUUUACCUGGUUAAAUAAAGGUGAAAAAAAAAAAAAAAAAAAAACCUAAGCGGGUGCUCAUGGAGCACCUUUUCCAUCUGUUUUGGUGAAAGGUCUACCCUAAAAAGGGAUUUAUUUGGUCCUGUCCAUUUUUUUAUCUGUCGUCACACUAUCUCAACCUUAGCCUUAGCCUACACUACCGGUCAAACGUUUAAGAACACCUGCUCUACAUUGUAACUACAUCAUAUAUACAGAAGAUAGCCCUAUUUGGUAAAAGACCAAGUCCAUAUUAUGGCAAGAACAUCUCAAAUAAGCAAAGAGAAAUGACAGUCCAUCAUUACUUUAAGACAUGAAGGUCUGUCAAUAUGAAACAUUUCAAGAACUUUGAAAGUAUCUUCAAUUGCAGUCGCAAAAACCAUCAAGCGCUAUGAUGAAACUGGCUCUCAUUAGGACCGCCACAGGAAUGGAAGACCCAGAGUUACCUCUGCUGCAGAGGAUGAGUUCAUUAGAGUUACCAGCCUCAGAAAUUGCAGCCCAAAUAAAUGCUUCACAGAGUUCAAGUCACAGACACAUCUCAACAUCAACUGUUCAGAGGGGACUGUGUGAAUCAGGCCUUCAUGGUCUAAUUGCUGCAAAGAAACCACUACUAAAGGACACCAACAAUAAGAAGAGACUUGCUUGGGCCAAGAAACACGAGCAAUGGACAUUAGACUGGUGGAAAUGUGUCCUUUGGUCUGAGUCCAAAUUGGAGAUUUUUGGUUCCAACCAGUGUGUCUUUGUGAGACGCGGUGUAGGUGAACGGAUGAUCUCCGCAUGUGUAUUUCUCACCAUAAAGCAUGGAGGAGGAGGUGUUAUGGUGUGGGGGUGCUUUGCUGGUGACACUGUCUGUGAUUUAUUUAGAAUUCAAGGCACACUUAACCAGCGUGGCUACCCCAGCAUUCUGCAGCGAUACGCCAUCCCAUCUGGUUUGGGCUUAGUGGGACUAUCAUUUGUUUUUCAACAGGACAAUUACCCAACACACCUCCAGGCUGUGUAAGGGCUAUUUUACCAAGAAGGAGAGUGAUGGAGUGCUGCAUCAGAUGACCUGGCCUCCACAAUCCCCUGACCUCAACCAUAUUGAGAUGGUUUAGGAUGAGUCGGACGGCAGAGUGAUUUGAAAAGCAGCCAACAAGUGCUCAGCAUAUGUGGGAACUCCUUCAAGCAUUCCAGGUGAAGCAGGUUGAGAGAAUGCCAAGAGUGUGCAAAGCUGUCAUCAAGGUGGCUAUUUGAAGAAACUCAAAUAUAAAAAUUUGUUUAACACUUUGUUGGUUACUACAUGUUUCCAUAUGUGUUAUUUCAUAGUUUUGAUGUCUUCACUAUUAUUCUACAAUGUAGAAAAUAGUAAAAAUAAAGAAAGACACUUGCAUGAGUAGGUGUUCUAAAACUUUUGACCGGUAGUGUACAUUUUCUACACAAACUGCUUGGCAGUGAAUGUGUAUACAAUUUGUUUGAGAAAGCAUCUGUUGAGUUUAUAAUGCAUGUAGGCCUAUCUACAUUCUGUGAUGGCAUCUCCAUCUUGCAACAUUGUCCUUGUUGGUUGCAGGUGUUCUCUGGAACGUGGGACGGAUGAAAGCAGGAGGUGGUAGGCCCAGCUGGGCGUUUACUGCACUGUUCACUGGUGCUGCCCUGCUGGUCGUCUCCUCCAGAGGGUCGUCCAGUGGUAAGAAGAUGUCCCAGGCAGCCAUGGCUCAUGCCACAGCCACAGCCGCUGGUUCUGGGCAUCCAGAUGAGCUCCUAGGCUUCCAGGCCUUAGCCGACUUCUUUGCAAGCGAACGUGCCGAUGUCUGGCUCUGCUCUCUGGUUGGGUCUGUUGCUGUAGGCCUCAGUGGAAUUUUCCCCCUCCUUGUUAUUCCUAUUGAGGCCGGAGCGGCCCUCAAGACAGAGGGUAAGUUGUGACCUAAACUGAUAUGAAAGCCUGGCUGUUAGUCAGACUAAUAUAGGCCUACUCUUUCCUCUGAAAAUGAGCCACACUGGAUAGGCCUCGAUCACCAUACACCCAGAAUUAGACACCCUGAGGUAGCCUACAGUGACUGACUUACCAUUAGGCAAAAGAGGCAAAUGCCUCACAUCAUGAAGGGGCCCUCGUGAGCUGGGCAUAAUUUAAAAUAAUUUUUAAUAAAUGUACCGCCUCCCAUGUUCUGCUCUGUUUUUUCUAAAGAUCCAUUUAAAUAUAAAGCAAUAGUACCUCUAUUUUCCUCUGGAGAGGAAACUGCUGCUAAUGGGAUGAACCAUGUGGCUCUGAACUCUGCCUGACCACACCCUUUUAAACCAAGCCUUCAAGUAGAGUAGGUAGAGGCCACAUUCACUACCUCCAAAGCUGCGUUGCUGAUUUUCUUUGCCUUGAGUAUUUAACCAUGUGAGAUACCGGUACUAUUUAUGUGCACAUAGUGUUACAAACUGUUAAAUUGGGGUCAAAUGUCAAUAUUCCUUUGCACCAUUGGGAUUAUGCUUUUGGCUCACCCAAAUUAUGCAGUGUUUGUUUUAGGACAAGUCUUUUCUAAAUCAGUGUUUUUUGUUACCAGAGAAAGUAAUUAUAAAGGGAUCACUGAAAUAAGCCUAGUUGGAUAAUGGAUAAAUGUGUCAAUGGGAAUGGUGCUGAAUUUGGUGUGUCCUCAUUACCAUACUGUAUUCUUCAGACUCUCAAACACGAGAAACCAGGCCACUAAGUAUUGCAUUUCAACACCUCUCAGAAAACACAAUUAACAAUGAAGAGCACUGGCUUUUGUCUGUCCUGGUCCUUUGUGCUUAUUAGUCUUGGUAAGGAGAGACAAGUCAGAUCACUAAUGCCAUGUUGUAAUAUCAUAGCAAUGGCAAUUGCUGUCUCUGAAGCUGUGCAUUCAGAAGUUAGAAAAAAUCUAUCCAAUUAAAUCGAGAAAUUACCCAGUAGGCCUAUUUCUUUAAUUCAGUCAUAGUCAUACUUAAUGAAAAUGUUUAAAUAGAAAUAAAACAUGUAAUGGCUCUUAAUUUGAAAGCUAGCAAUAUAAAAUCACUUAUUCCGCAGGUUUAUUUUAAAUGAAGCCUGUAAAUGUUUUGGCUCAAACAGAGAACAACCAGCGCUUUUGUAUAUCAUGGAUGAUACAGCCUAGCUCGACUACACUUUUCAUAAUUGCCGCCUCUUUCUCUCUUGUUACUCUCUGUGUCUCCAGCUGGGUGUCGGAAGCUUAAGCAGCUCCUGAGCUUUGCCAUUGGUGGUCUCCUGGGUGAUGUGUUCCUCCACUUGCUCCCGGAGGCUUGGGCACAUUCCCACUCCUGCAGCCCAGGUGGGUCAACCUUCUCUCUCAGGCACCCUCCUGUUCUUUCUGUCCCCUUCUUUACCCCUAAUGGUGACAUCCCCAUUCAAACUGCCUGUGCUUAUUUCUCCCCACCAGUAGAACUCUUCUGACCCUUCACACAGAGGAGUGGAAUGCCUGGGUGUCCAUAGACUUGCAUAUCACUGCUCUGACAUGUCAGCAAUAUUGUGAAGAUAGUCUGUUUCCGAAAACAGUUGAUUUCUACACCUUUCAAACUGACAGAGUCAGAGAAUGACUGCUAACGUUCCCAGGGUACCACAUUUCAUUUUCGAAUAAGUGAACAUUGGAAGUGCCGAUAUUCUGUUCAGUUUUAAAGAUUUGUCAACUAUAGCAUUUUACAAUGACUCUUCAAAGCAGUUUUAGUGCAAAAAUAUAUACACUGAACAAAAAUAUAAAUGCAACACUUUCAAAGAUUUUACUGAGUUAUAGUUCAUAUAAGGAAAUCAGUCAAUUGAAAUAAAUUCAUUAGGCCCUAAUCUAUGGAUUUCACAUGACUGGGAAUACAGAUAUGCAGUUAUUGGUCACAGAUAACUUAAAGGGAAUUAGUCAGAAAACCAGUUGCUGGAUAUUGGCGGGAACUGAAACCCGCUGUCGAUCCAGAGCAUCCCAAACAUGCUCAAAGGGUGACGUCUGGUGAGUAUGCAGGCCAUGGAAGAACUGGUAUAUUUUCAGCGUCCAGGAAUUGUUUGCAGAUCCUUGCAACAUGGUGCCGUGCAUUAUCAUGCUGAAACAUGAGCUGAUGGCGGCGGAUGAAUGGCAUGACAAUGGGCCUCAGGAUCUCGUCACGGUAUCUCUAUGUACUCAAAUUGCUAUCAAUAAAAUGCAAUUGUGUUCGUUGUCUGUAGCUUAUGCCUGCCCAUACCAUAACCCCACCUCCACCAUGGUGCACUGAAGGUGAGCAUUUGCUCAUUGAAGUCAGUUACGACACCGAACUGCAGUCGGGUCAAGACCUUUGUGAGGACGACAAACACGCAGAUGAGCUUCCCUGAGAUGGUUUAUGACAGUUUGUGCAGAAAUUCUACGGUUGUGUAAAACCACAGUUUUGUCCGGUGGAUUCACCUGCGGUCUCAGACGAUUCCACAGGUGAAGAAGCUGGAUGUGGAGGUCCUGGGCUGGCGUGGUUACACGUUGUCUGCGAUUGUGAGGUCGGUUGGACAUACUGCCAUAUUCUCUAAAACGACGUUGGAGGUGGCUUAUGGUAGAGAAAUGAACAUUCAAUUUUCUGGCAACAGCUCUGGUGGACAUUCCUGCAGUCAGCAUGCCAAUUGCAGGCUCCCUCAACUUAAAGACAUCUGUGGCAUUGUGUUGUGACAAAACUGCUGAUUUUAGUGGCCUUUUAUUGUCCCCAGCACAAGGUGCACCUGUGUAAUGAUCAUGCUGUUUAAUCAGCUUCUUGAUAUGCCACACCUAUCAGGUGGAUGGAUUAUAGUGGCAAAGGAGAAAUGCUCACUAACAAAUGUGUGCACAACAUUUGAGAGAAAUAAGCUUUUUGUGCGUAUGGAACAUUUCUGUGAUCCUUUUAUUUCAGCUCAUGAAACAUGUGACCAACACUUUACCAUUUGUUUUAUAUUUUUGUUCAGUGUGUUUUUUUUGUAGACUCAUUUAGGAUCACCAGGGGCGCAUUCAGCAGGACGCAACAUUUUGGAACGUUCACAUGGCAUAUAUUUCUAUCCAAACUCCAAUCCCCCCAACAGGAUUAAAAAAAAAAAGUGUAGCCCACGACAAGCACACCUGAAUCAACUUGUUAACAAAUCCUCAAGCCCUCGAUGAGAUGAAUAAGUUGUGCUUGUCCGGGGCUACAUCAAAAAUGUGUACUGUUGGGGGGACUGGUGUUGGGAAACAUGUCAGCUCUAUUCAUGGCAUUUCUAUCUGCAACGUUCAACAACGUCUGGCAACUGGACAUGGCCCAGGAUUAAGUUUCCCUAACCUAAGGUCCUCUGGUUGUCAUGUAGAAAUACACUUUAAAAUGCUUUGCUGACUUGUGUGAAGUCCUCUGUGGUGAUGAUGAGCAACCCUAAGCCAUGCCUGCAUUCCACUGAUCCAUGUGAAAGUGGGUCACCAUGCAAUCCUAGAGAAGGUUUUCCAAUUAGUUUGUCAGCCUAUCUCACUGUAUGUCUCUUCCAUCCUCCCUGUGUUCAGACGAGAGCCAUCACCACUACAGGACCCAGGGCCUGUGGGUUAUCAUGGGCAUGCUGUCCUUCCUUCUCCUGGAGAAGAUGUUUCCAGAUGAGAACAGCCAGGAGGACUCCAUUGGUAACAGCCAGCAUGUCCCUGUGAGUAGUUCAUGCUGUUUUAUUUUCCAUGUUGUCUACAUGAAAUGAAGUGCAACAGAGAGUCGUGUCAAGGCACCGCAUACAACUAUUUAAUAGGCAAAAAUGAUUUAAAGAAAUAGUGGGCAUGUCUUUCCAAAGAAGGUGAAUGUCAGGCAUGUAAUUACACACCCUCAUCCCACAUGCUGGAGCCCUCACAUUUUUGUUUAGAAGGCUUGUCCAGUGCACCAGUGCUCUUUAAUCCCUUCACUGGUACCACAGUGGCACUGCUCUUCCAUGUGGUGGGGCUGCUAGUGAAUCAGUUGGCUCUGUCAAGGGCUUUCUGUUUGAUCUGAGCUGAUCUUCAGUGGAUAACUGAUCUAAACUAAAACAAGGCACGUUAGAUCAUCUUGAUUGAUAGUGUUGUGGCUGAAGAAACCACAAUCAGUGUUUAUUACACUCUUAAGUGAUGAAUCAUUAGCAUUUUAACUUCAACAAUCAACUUCUGAAUUUAGGCCACCUUAAGGUAAUGAUUAAACAGUGUUGUAAUGACACAUUCUGGCCUGAAUGGGAAUCUCCCAGAAUGGUCUUAUUUAGAACUUCAUAAGUGGAGUUUGAGUCCAAAUUGAAAAGAAGAAGUCUGAGUCAGACAAAUGUCAUAAGCUGGUUUCCAUCCAAUUUGCGACAGAUUUGAAUGCGAAUAUUAUAAAAUAUGCAUGUAAAAUAAAAUAUGCAUAUUUUCCCACUAGAGGUUUGAUUCCAUCAAACUGACGUGUUGCGGAUAAAAGGCUGUGUGAUGUAGUGCACAUAACCACUUUUGCGCUAAAGUUUUCAUGUUCUGACUAAAAUACAGAAGUUCAAUGUAUUUCCAUUGCAUUUUCCACUCUAUCAACGGUUUUUCACACAAACUGUUGCGAUAAAUGGCAAACGUGCCCAAUCUAGUUUUGCCGCAUUCUCUCUAGACAACAGUUUGCAGUUAAAGUGGACAGGUUAGGUUAUAUGAUGAGAUGGAUAAGAGUAAGAUGAUCUUUUGGCAGCUAAGCACAAAUCAUCAUGUCACUAGCAUAUAAAAUACUCAAUAUUUAUUGGAAAGGAGCAUUAAGAUCGUAACUGUGCACCACCCUGUGAAGUUCAUCAUAACUUCUUUAAUCUGAAGCCUAAUAAACUGCAUGCUUUUAAUAAACCACACAACAUAGCAUUGCGUGACUAAAUUCUAUCAACAAUUGCGCAAGAGUUUCCACCGCAAUUUGUUGCAUAAUUCAUUUUACCGACACAAAGAUCCCACCAUGUCGAACAAGCAAAUUUUCUGUCGACAAUAAUGAAAUUGUACCGACACUUCUUGUUUCCAUCCCAGCUGUCAUGAUUUUUUACAUGGUAUAACUUUACUUGCAUAAAAACUGGAUGGAAUCGUGGUUGCUAAUGCAACCUUAUCGCUCCCCUACCCCCACAAUCUCAUGGAGGGACCCAUUGUGCCAUAGCCCGGAGUGUCUAUCUGCUAGACAUGCUUGGGAUCAAAGCUGUAUUCUCUCUCCCCUCCAUUUCUCUAAUACCAGUGAGACCCUUUUUCAUAUGAGAUUUGGAGUGGGUAUUAGUGCGGAGUAUUAGCUUCAGGAUUCUUUUGAUGUUUUGGCAUAUAGGAGUAUGGCGUGGUUUUGGGUGGUGCAUUUUCCCUGUCUGACAGUGGUUUGAGAUGUUCUCUGCUCUGUAGAAAUGGGAGAGCUUCUUGUAGAGUAUGUAAAACAGAGGUACACAACUGCAGUCUUUGAAGGCCUUAAUACCUGUAGGCUUCCUUUUUGAUCAAUUUAAUUCACUGAUAUAGUCAAUUCUAAAUUGCUUUCGAAAAGGUACGGAUGAAAACCAGCACUUUAAAUCAUACUUCGUUUGUGAUCCCAUAUGCUAACAUUGUUAUUCAAGAGAUAAUCCUUAAUUUAAUUUCAGGUAGUUCUCAGUUUCUUAUCCUUGUGCCCCAUUCAUCUCGCAAAAGGUGUGUGUGUGUGUGUGUGUGCACCACUUUCCUCCUUUUGCUCAGGAGAAGGAAGAUUGGCGUCCAUGUCUGGGCUCAUUCAUUGUAGCUAUUUAUAGAGAUGGGGAGGAAGCAGCUGCUACAUCUACUUCAGAGAGGCCUGAGAAGAGUGUUCAGGGGUGGAUAGUGAGACUCUGGGUAGAUCAGUGCUCAUUCCACAAAUGGAGUCUUAUCAAGCAUGUUUAGAUGUCAGUAUCAAGACGCUGUUAAUAUUCAAGUCAGAGACAUAGAUCAUAGGUCACGAUCUCACCUGGCGUCAUACUCUCCAAUUAAUUACCCAGACCACUCACACUUUAGGGGACAUAUUGAUAUUUCAGAAGAUAUGUACAAUUUGACUUCUUCCUUGUGCUGCGGUUACAAAAAUAGAGAACAUUUCCCAGCCACAUUUAGAAUACAGCAGGCUAUUUCCCCUCAUUUAAUUUGACUUAAAUGAUGACGUACUGUAAAUGGCUCUAAACGAGGAAGGAACAGGGAAGUCAGCCCUGCUCUGGAAAAGAGAAGGGCCUGGGGUAGAAUGAGUUUUUUUGUUCAAAGCACGCAAAGGCAGUGGAAGAUGCGAUGACUGACAGGAAUUGUAGGAAUUACUGUGCAGUCAGUGGUUGGAAAAGAUGGGUGAGGAGAGAGGCUAUGGGUAGUAAGGACCUGGUAACAUAGAAGAAACACAGCACUGUAGGUUGUGGUUCAAUGUAAUGUAUAUGUGUACUAUGUAACCCUUUGCAUGCUAUGGAAUUUCCUGCUGAUUGGGCUAAUACCUGUUUUCUUUGUCACCCAUUCUUCUCAGACCUCCCAUAGCUCAGACUCCAGUAGUGAGGCGUUGUCCCACAUCAAUGGGCACCAUUCUGAUACGUGGAGCUCGUCCUCCAAGCCAAAGAGCAGCUUGCAGCAAGUGCCAAAGAAAAUAAAGGUAAGUUGGAUCAAAUGGGUAAGGUUUGUCUGACAGGAUAUUGUUCAUUUUAACAAGACCAUAUGUAAAUGACAAAAGGGAGAACAAUCUGGAAGUCUACAUCGCUUAAGAGACACCAAACUGAAAUCCCCAGAGAGCGACCAAACUGAAAUCCUCUGUACUAAGUAACCCCUUUAGUUUUAUGUAUAUGACUUCAAUGUGAGUCAGCUGUGGGAUCCUUUUGAAUGUUAACCUGUACAGACUUUGUUCUAUGUGUUCUCUAUCUGGCAGACGAUUGGGUACCUGAACCUGCUGGCCAACUGCAUUGACAACUUCACCCAUGGCCUGGCUGUGGCAGGGAGCUUCCUGGUCAGCAGGAAAGUGAGUUACUCUGAAGCACAAAUCUCUGCAAUGAACAGUCUGUCCAGGUGCUCUAUACUAAAUAGCGGCCAUGUGUGGGUUUUUAAUACAUGUGAAUGAAACCUAAUAGCAGUGACUAAUUUCAAUACAAACGUUUCAACAAAAUGCAACUUGGUUAGAAACAAUGCAUACAAUGCUUAAACUUAGAGCCGACAUAGUACAGACUACAGUAUGUUAUGAAAGGUGGUUGUUUUGGAAUUUGAGAGGCUCAUGCCCUUCUCGUGACCAUGAUUGGCAGAGGACCCAAACCCCUUGGCAGACUCGUAGAUGGCUGUAUCAGCUCUCACUUAGCCAUAACAUUCACUAUUCUCAUAGCCGUAACGUGCACUUCUCAGCUCUCCACUAUGGGCAUGAUACUGCACCCCUGCUUAAGAGACUAGUUUCAACAACACAAUUCUAUGAUUUAAAUACUAAGUACAGUAUUGUCAUUAUUACACAACAUUGAGUCAGGACAUUGAAUUCUACUGUGCUAUUUUCUGAUGGAGAAUUAGCAUUACUUUACCCACGGUUGUAGGGGAGAAAGUCCAGCUGGAUAGGCAUAAGGCUAACAGCAUGAGCCAAUGGGAGAGUUUGCCAGAGAGGAAGUAAACUAGCUAGAUGUCUCUACAUCGCUCACACACUGGCAUCACACUUAUUUUGGUUUCCAUCUGCACUCGUAUGCAGGCAUGAUGGUGUUUGUCAAAGUAGAAGCCUAGUUGGAUGCGUGAAACAAACAUUUAUGUAUACACACUAAUGUAGUACAGGAGAUGAGUUAUCGGAGUUUGAGUAGUAUAGGAUUGGAAACGCAACUUGUACAGUAUAUAUUUUGCAGAGCCUGAUCAGAGACAUGUUAUAUGUAUUUCCUGACAGGUUGGGUGUCUCACAACCUUUGCUAUCCUGCUCCAUGAAAUCCCCCAUGAGGUAAGUUCAAACUCGCUAUUUUUAGGGGGAUGUGACCUAUUUAUGAAAAAAAAAUGUUUGUAACAUACUUCAUGCCAUUGAAAGCUAAUUAUGACUUUGGUUUUUGGUCAUGAGUUGAUUCAGUUCUAGUUGAUAUCCCCAUCUUUUUUUGCUUACAUAAAUGGAAUCUGUGACACAUUGCUGACAUGGGAAUCUGUGACACAUUGCUGACAUGGGAAUCUGUGACACAUUGCUGACAUGUGAAUCUGUGACACAUUGCUUACAUUAAUGUGGUCUGUAACACACAGCUUUUAUGAUUUUUGCUCAUCUCUAGGUGGGCGACUUUGCCAUCCUGCUGCGUGCAGGGUUUGACCGCUGGAGUGCCGCCCGCAUGCAGCUGUCCACAGCCCUGGGAGGGGUGCUGGGGGCCUGUUUCGCCCUGUGUGCCCAUUCUCCCAGAGGGACAGGUGAGCCGCCUAUCAUCCUCCAUAUACAAAACAGCAGCAGAGCACUGAAACUACAGCGCCACACCAGGUGCUUGACUUGGACUGAAAUAAGGGCCAGUACUUAUUUUGGGUGCCGGUACUGUUUUAUAUUUAGGUGCAAGAGCGCCACAAUACAUUUGAGCUAAUAUUCUGUAAGAGGUGCAGGAGCUAAAGCGGUAGACCAUUUUAGGUGCCGGUACUCCGCUCCGGUGAGCUCCUGCCCAUGUCGAGCACUGUCCACACCCUUGGCAUAGGCUAUCAGGGGACCAUAUAGCCUUCCGUGCUUUGGCCUCCAAGCAGCAUGAAAAGCUUUGUUUAAUUAUUAAGGCAAACCAAAUGUCUCAUUCGUUUCACUUCAUCCUGUGUAGAAAAUGUAACAUCGUGGAUCUUACCAUUCUCCUCGGGAGGCUUCCUGUACAUAGCCCUGGUCAACGUGGUGCCUGACCUCCUGGAGGAGACCAGCCUUGGGUAUGUACACUGGUCAAUCUGGACAGCCACUGACCACCAUGCAAAUACUCACUAUAAACUAAGAGUAAAUAUGCAGAGGGGAAAAACUGUUAACGCUAAAAUGAAAAUGAAUGGGCAGACACUGAAUCAAGUAUUUUUAUGUAUUUUUUCUCUGUUUUUCCAGACACUCCCUGUUGCAGAUCCUGCUUCUGUGCUGUGGCAUUGGUGUCAUGGCCGUCUUGUCUGCCAUAGUGGAUUGAACUCAAAGGACAAGCCUGCUUUUACCAAAAUAUCAUUCAAAACCAUCACAGCAACCUCUACUGGACUGGGAAACAAUCCCCUUUCUAUAAAGUUUUAAGUCCUCAGAUUGCACUCAAUCGCCCUUUUUUUUUAUUAUAUGGAACUAUUUUUAAUACUCCACCUAGUGCCAAAAGAUCCUAUCAUCAGCAUCAGCAUCGCCAUCAUCAACAUGGAAGCGAUCCGACAAUCAGAACGGCACCUUGAAUCAUGGUACCUGCUUUUUCUAUCAGGACUGUAGACUGUGUUCACCUUGUCUGCUGACCUCUCAGACUACUGUCUGUGUGGACACUAAUGUGCCAAACCCAGAGACAGACAUUUUGAAACGGCAAGAGAGCUAAAUAAAUCUUAUUGAAGCUUUCAUGGACGUAACUGGACUAUAUGAGCGCAUCAGACCAUAAUGGGCAGACAAUCAGUCUCAUCUGUUUUAUUGUACAUAUGCAUAAACUCACAACCAGGUAUUAUCAGACACAUAUGAGCAGCUAAUGCAUACUGUAUAAACUUAAUCUCACAUGGCUUUACUACCUACCAUACUAAAAUGCAUACACAUUUCCUUACAUUCUUCAAGCUGUAUGCUCAUGUGCUGCUUUCUAUUGGUUUCUCCUCUUUCAAGCUAUUUUAUAUUUAUUGUAUCUAGUCUAUAUACACGUUAGUCUUAUUGGUUACUGUAUCUGCUUGUACUGCUAAGUAUUUAUUGAAGUAGUUCAGAAAGUAACAUGGUGCAAUAUUUUUGUCAUAAAUUCUGUUACGAUUUCCACCACUCCAUUACACACACACACCAUAUUGCUUUUUGUGUUGGGUUAAUCUGUUACAUUUGAUGUAUAUUCAAGCAAAACGAGCAUGUAUUUUUCAAUUGUAUACAAUGCUAAUUUGAUAGUAAGACAGACACUCAGACAGAUAUAUUUGGAACUCCUUAAUUAUGAGAGCUUAAUUUGUUAAGGAAAAUAUGAUUUUUAAAUGUAAUAAAAUAAUGUUAUGCAAAAUA